AUGGCAGUAGAGAAUCCCAGAGAUGUCGGGAAGAGGCUCAUGGCACGGGUCAUUGAUGACCUGGCACAGCAGGAUCCGGGCAGAAAGAUGUGCGCCAUGUGCAAGGGCUCUGAUGUAUCGGAUGGCUUCUUCGACAUCACAUUCCGAGACCUUGCGCAUGCCGUGAGCUAUAUGUCCUGGUGGAUUGAGAAGUCGAUCGGACGCAGCUCUUCCAACGAGACGUUGACGUAUAUCGGCAUGAAUGAUAUACGCUAUCUCGUGGUUGUGAUGGCCUGUAACAAAACAGGAUAUAAGCCGUUACUUUCUUCUACCCGCAAUUCAGACGAAGCGCACCUCCAUCUCCUCGAUGCUACGAAAUGCUCGAAACUGGCCUACAGUGCAGAACGGAAACAAAGAGCGCUCGAGAUCAAGGACCUUCGCCCUGAUCUAGAUGCCUUUGAAAUUCCAUCAUUGACGGAAAUGCUAGAAAACCACACUGCAUUCUAUCCGUUUCCCAAGUCGUUUGAAGAAGUUGAAAAUGACACGGCCUUCAUUAUACACAGUUCUGGUACAACCGGAAUGCCCAAACCUGUUUAUCUCACUCAUGGCUUUUUGGGUGCGUUCGAGAAUGACGGACACCUCCCACUUCCUGCUGGAAGGGCCAUUGGUACGCCCCAAAUCCUUGGAUCGGACGACCUUAUCUUCGCCACUACUCCAUUCUUUCACCUCAUGGGAUUCGCUUUGAUUGUAUGGUCUGUUUUCCACGGUAUUCCAUUCGUACUCUCUCCAGAUAAACCCAUGUCGGCCGAGCUUUCGGCAAACAUGCUGAACGCGGCUAAGCCAACAGCCGCAGUCUUCCCUCCAUCUAUCCUAGAGGAUAUGUGCAAGUCAAGCGCUUCCUUGGAGUCUCUCUCUCGCUUGAAGUAUAUAUACUUCGCAGGUGCUCCUCUUUCACCUGACGCAGGUCAGCUGAUAAACGAGAGAAGCAGAGUUGUUACUUUCCUUGGAAGCAGCGAGGCUGGACUGAUCGCUUCGAUGCUUCCAGAGAAGAAGGAAGACUGGCAAUAUUUUGAGUGGAUUCCAUCCUAUGGAAUCAGUAUGCAGCCAGUGGGAGAAGGUUUCUACGAACUGGUCAUCCCUAGAGGCGAAAACCGAGAUAUUCAUGGCAUCUUCCACACUUUCCCGGAUUGCAAGGAAUAUCAUACAAAAGAUCUCUUUACGAAACACCCUACUCGACCCAAUCUUUGGAAAUACUAUGGACGUCUUGACGAUGUGAUUGUACUCAGCAACGGAGAAAAGUUCAACCCGAUCACUAUGGAGAAGAUCAUCGAGGGACACCCGUUGGUAUCGCGAGCCGUCGUUGUUGGACAGGCCAGGUUUCAGUCUGCCCUUCUCGUUGAACCCAGCUGGUGUAAAUGGAACGAAGGAAAGCCUGUCAGUGACUUGAUUCAUCAGAUUUGGCCAGCAGUGCAACAGGCAAACCGAGCUGGUCCAGGCCACGCGCGAAUCAUGAAAAACAAAAUUGGAGUGGCGUCUCGGAACAAGCCUUUCAAAACCACGCCUAAGGGAAGCACACAGCGAAGACAUGUCAUCAAAGACUACGAAGAGGAAAUCGAUUCGAUCUAUGCCGAUUCAAGCAACGAUGAAGCGAGCUACGAACUGCCCGAGGAUGCCAAUCUACCCAUUGUGAAGGAUUUCGUCCGGAACACUGUUUCCAACCUGCUGGACUCUAAAAUCUCGGACCAGACCGACUUCUAUGCUGCAGGUCUUGACUCUCUACAGACCAUGCAACUUAGCAAGAUGCUUCAACGCGCCAUCCAGUCACGAACCCAGGGCAAUGACACCAUCACGGCACAAAAGAUCUAUGCCAAUCCAAACGUGGAGCAGUUGUCUCAAGCUCUCUAUGGUAUCAUUUGCGGAACCGUAGAAAACAAGCUUUCUCGCUCCGAGAAGAUUGACGCUCUCUUGGAGAAGUACACCGCUGAUCUUCCCGAGCAGGUGUUGGAUGGGCACAACAAGGAUGAUAAACACACCAUCAUCCUGACUGGCUCAACGGGAUCACUUGGAAACUAUAUUCUCAGCACCCUUCUGAAUGACCCAAGCGUCAGCAAGGUGUACUGUUUGAACAGAUCGGAAGCCCGAGACAGACAGGCCAAGAGCUUCCAGGAAAAGGGACUGCCUUUCGGUCCUGAAGCCGAAGCAGAGGUUGAAUUCCUUCAGGUAGCCUUUGGUGAUGAGAAGUUCGGACUCGACAGUGACAAGUAUGCCGAGAUGGCCCGUUCUGUCGAUACCAUCAUCCACAAUGCCUGGAGGGUGGACUUCAACAUUUCCGUUGAUUCCUUCGAGGAUGUUCACAUCCGGGGCGUCCGACGCUUUGUUGACUUCAGUCUUCAGAGCACUCACCACGCUCACAUCCAUUUUGUAUCCUCUGUGUCAACCAUUGGAUCAUGGAAACCAACUCAUGGACCAGCAGUUCCUGAAGCCCCACUGGAAAACUGCGAAGUUGUUCUACCCCAAGGUUAUGGAGAAUCUAAGCACAUUGCCGAGCGUCUGUGCUUAGAGGCCUCUCGACGUGCUGGUGUGCCAACAACCGUCUUCCGUGUCGGACAAAUUGCUGGACCAACUACAGAGAAGGGUAUUUGGAGUCGGCAAGAAUGGCUGCCCACCAUUGUUGCGACGUCCAAGACCCUCGGAAAGGUCCCGGGUGCGCUAGGAUCAAUGCUAGUCGACUGGGUUCCAGUUGAUACACUUGCCAAGAUCAUGGUAGAGAUUGUCAAUACCCGUCGCACCACCCAAGUCGACACUCGCUGUGCUGUCUUCCAUCUUAUCAACCCGUCCAGCACGUCUUGGGAAUCGCUUCUUCCAUCCAUUGAGGAAGUCUACCCUGUCGAACGGGUUGAACUCUCCGAAUGGGUCGGAGAGCUGGAGCGCAUCGAGAACCCAUCCGCUGAGGAAAUUGCCGCAAAGCCAGCGCUGAAGCUGCUCGAUUUCUACCGCGGAUUGGAGGGAGAGGGGUCUUUGUCGUCGCCAAUCGAAGUGACGAAGACAAAGGAAGCGAGCGCAACGAUGAAUUCCCUCGGGCCUGUUUCGCAGGGAUUGAUGACGAACUGGCUGAAGCAGUGGGCAUUUUAG